AUGUUAGUGAAGGAAUAUAGAAUAUCACUACCUAUGAGUGUAGAUGAAUAUAGAAUUGCUCAGUUAUAUAUGAUACAGAAAAAGAGUCGAGAGGAGAGUGAGGGUACUGGUAGUGGUGUAGAAAUAUUAGUUAAUGAACAAUAUGAAGAUGGACCAGGUGGUAGUGGUCAAUAUACUUAUAAAAUAUACCAUAUUGGUAGUCACUUACCAGGCUGGUUUAGGGCUAUUUUACCUAAAUCUGCGUUAAGAGUAGAAGAAAAGGCAUGGAAUGCUUAUCCUUACACCAAAACAUGUUAUAGGUGUCCAUUUGUAGAGAAGUUUUUAAUAGAAAUUGAAACUAUUUAUGCUAAUGAUGGUGGUGAACAAGAAAAUGUAUUUAAAUUAUCACCUGCUGAGAAAAGACAAGCAUCUAUUGAUUACCUUGAUAUAGUUAAAGAUCCAAUAUCUGGUGGUGAUUAUAAACAGGAGGAGGAUCCAAAAUUAUAUCAAUCAAUUAAAACUGGGCGGGGUCCACUCAAUGACAAUUGGAGGCAAGAAUACUCAGAAGCAUGUAAAGCAGGAAAAUUAGGCAGUGGGCGGGCCAUUAUGACAGCUUAUAAAGUGUGUAGGGUGGAGUUUAAAUAUUGGGGUAUGCAGAAUAAAAUAGAGAGGUUUAUACAUGACAUUGCUUUAAGAAAAACCAUGUUAAGAGCACAUCGUCAAGCCUGGUGCUGGCAAGAUGAAUGGUAUGGACUGACCUUAGCUGAUAUCAGGAAUCUAGAAAGAGAAACAGCUCUGGCUCUGGCAGAGAAAAUGGCUGCUGCCAUUGAAGGAGAAGGAGCGGAUAAUGAGAACAAUGAAAACAGAACACAUAGUAGAGGAAGUAACAGAAGGGAAUCCAUUCCAAUUGCUGAAACACCAACUAAUAGCAUGGAACCUCUUGGUGGUUCCAAGACUCCUGAUGGUUCUGGCUCUUUGAUUAAUGGACAUUUUGAAACUAGAGGAUCUCAUUCUGCACUAAGACCAAAUAUGGGUUCUGAUAGAGAAUUAGCUAAUUGGAGAAUGGAAAGUCUUGAACAAUUGCAGGAAUCUUACUCUGAUUCUGAUGAGGAAUUUUUUGACGCUUCAGGUGAGUGUAGAGAUAUACUUAGAUAUAUGAUAUAUGACUCUGUUGGUAGACAUGACUCUGUUGGUAGACAUGACUCUGAUGGAAGACAUAAGUCUGUUGGUGGACAUACUCUGUUGGUAGACAUGAUUCUGUUGGUAGACAUGACUCUGUUGAUGGACAUGACUCUGUUGAUGGACAAGACUCUGUUGAUGGACAUGACUGUUGGUAGACAUGACUAUAUUACACCUCCUACAUCAGCUGUUUGUCCUACUAAAGUUCUAUUUAUAGUUUUACAUGGAGGUAAUAUUCUCGAUUCAUCACAUGAAACCACAUCUAAAAGAAGUGAUUUUGCUACAUUAAGAUCAACAUUUGAUUCUGUUAUACAGAGUCAUUAUCAAGCUGCUAUGGGACAAAUAGCAUUUAGAUUGGUCUCCUGUCCAUUAAUCUGUGCUGAUACAUUAAGUGUAUUGUCCAGUCUCAGUCCCUUUGGUUUAGACUGCCAGAGUCCAAAUUUUGAAAGCAAUUUAACCAUGAAUCAAGACUUUGUUCCACUUGGUGCCAUCAGUUUGUUUGCAUCAUCUAGUCUUGAAUAUCAGGAACAUGUUGGAACCGUUAUUACUAAAGUUAAUACUGUUUACCAGGAAUUUUUACAAUCUGAAGAUGGUCGUGGAUUCUCUGGACAGAUCUGUUUCUUAGCUGAUUCAACAGGUUCAUUAAUGGCUUAUGAUGCUUUGGCAAGAUCCACACAACAAAUGCGUAGUCGGUGUGGUAGUCAUAACAGUCUUGAAAAUGAAGACGAGGUCGUCAAGUCAGUUAAUCCUGAAUCUCGCGUCAUUAGUCAAAGUGAUCCAGACUUACCUCAAAAUCGACCACAUUUUACUAGACAAAGCUCAGGACCUCGUUUAAAUGUGAACAGAACUGAUUUGGGUACAUCACGGAGAACUAGUGCUGGUAGCUAUUUUGAUUCAAAUCUACAGUUUGACUUUGAUGUAUCUGAUCUCUUUAUGUUUGGUUCACCAUUAGCUAUGGUAUUAGCUUACAGACGUCUCUUUACUGGAGAUGAUAAACAUAGCCCACCUCUACGCCCAUCUUGUCAUCAAGUAUAUAAUUUAUUUCAUUCUAAUGAUCCUACUGCAUUACGACUUGAACCAUUACUACAUGCUAACUUUAAACAUAUAGAACCUAUUAAAAUACCUAGACAUAGUAAAUUUCCAUUGGGGGAUGGAGAGUCUAUACACGUGGUUGAAGCAGUACAGCAAUGUUUAACUUUAUUUAAUGAUGGUCACAGACAAUCAGUAUCUCCUGGUCAUCCAGUGGGUUUAUUACAGAGACAAUCUAGUUCUUCUAGUAUAACUAGUGCUACAUCAGGUGUUGGUGAAACUACAGUAGCUAGUAUUACUAAUGUAACUAGUAAAUGGUGGGGUAAUAAAAGAGUAGAUUAUGUAUUAUAUUGUCCUGAAGUACUUCAUUCCUUCCCUGUAUCAGCUCUUCCUCAUCUAUUCCAUGCUAGUUUCUGGGAAUCAACUGAUGUGGUAGCUUUUAUACUCAGACAGAUUUUGCGACUUGAUGUGAUAUUAGAUGGUGAUAAAACUGGUAGAAAUAAUCUACAUAAUUUUACUAUAACAGAACCUAGAGAGAAAUGGUUACGUAGACGUACAACGAUUAAAGUUAGGAACUUACAACCAAACCACCGAGCUAAUGAUGUGAUAGUAUUGGAAGAUAAACCACAAGUUUUAACAGCUAGAUUUAUGUAUGGUUCAUUAGAUAUGACUUCUUUAUCAGGAGAAAAGGUUGAUAUACAUAUAAUGAUACAGCCAGCUUCUGGUGAAUGGAUACAGUUAGGUACAGAAAUAACAGAUAAUCAUGGUAGAUUGAUCUAUACUAUACCAGAAGAUAAACGUUUAAACCAGGGAAUGUACCCAGUUAAAAUAGUAGUCAAAGGUGACCAUACAUCAGUGGACUUCUUUCUGACAGUUUUACCACCAAAAACAGAAACAGUUGUAUUUAGUAUUGAUGGUGCAUUUACAGCUAGUGUUAGUAUUAUGGGUAAAGAUCCUAAAAUAAGAUCUGGAGCUGUUGAUGUUGUCAGGCAUUGGCAAGAAUUAGGAUACCUGAUAUUAUAUGUUACUGCACGACCUGAUAUGCAGCAUAGGAAAGUGGUUACAUGGUUAGCUCAACAUAACUUUCCGCAUGGCAUGGUGGCAUUUAUGGAUGGUAUAUCUAAAGAUCCUUUACGACAAAAACUCAACUAUUUAAAGUACUUACAAGCUGAGGCUAAUAUAAGUUAUAAAGCAGGGUAUGGUUCUAAUAAAGAUAUAGGUAUAUAUAAAGAAUUAACUCUCUCACCAUCUCAGAUUUAUGUGGUUGGAAAAGCUUCUAAAAAACAACAUUCACAAGCUCAGAUACUUAGUAAUGGUUAUGCUGCUCAUCUUUAUGAUUUAACCUCACCAGGUGGUUCUAGACCAGCCGUAGGCAAUGCUCGUAUUUUCUUACGUAAAACAUGUUUUAGAUUACCUAGUCUAGAUACUAAACGCUCAGCUAGACGU